AAAAGGAGAAGAAAUAACAAAAAUAAUAGCAGAACUUGAAGCCUCCAUAGCAAAAUAUAAAGAAGAAUAUGCAAUGGUUUUAUCUGAUGCUAGUGUUAUUAAGAAUGAUUAGAAUAUACAUACAUGUAAUUGACCAAUCAGAUUACACCACUAAAAGUGUUUUAUUUCACUUAAAAACUCCCCGGGAACUCAUAGUAAACUCCCCGGGCUCUCAUAGUAAACCUCCUGGGUUUCUUAUUAAAUCCAUCGGAAUACCUGGCACUCCCCCAUCAUUGAUUUUGAAGUUAACAUUCAAGGAGAAUGGGUACUGUGGUCUAACAGGUCAAUACAGUGUUCUUAGAGCCAGUGAUGAUGAUGAUGAUACUCCCCCACCAGUACCAGCCUAUAAUCCUAAUGGAGUACAAGAAUACUCUGAACUGAAGAGAGAGGGAGAGAAAAAGAAUAAACAACAACAACAACAACAAGGAGCUGGUCCACUUUAUUCAACACUCAAUCAAGACUAUGAUACUCCUCCUCCUGUUCCUCCUGCCUAUAAUCCUGAGGGAGUACAGGAAUACUCUGUAUUGAAGAGAGAGGGAGAGGUCAGUGAUUAAUGAGGA